UGUCUUUUUAAUUUUUACAUUAAUUCGUAGUUUUAAAUUUUGAAACUGAAAUAAAUCAAAAGAUAUAUAAAAUUGGUUUUUUUUUUAGUUAUUUACCUAGAACUAUUUUUUGUUUUGAAUAAGUAUUUUAUUUUCAUUGAUUAAAGACGUUAGGUUUUAGUUUGUUAAAAUGAGCAAACUUGAAGUAAAUUCACAAAACAGUACAAGUUCAGAUGAUGAAGAAGAAGAUGAAGAAGCCAAGGUAUUUAAUUUUAAAUUUAUAUUUGUAUUAAUGUAGGUCUAAUAAAAAUGAUACCUAUGUAUUAAAUAUUUAUUUGUUUAGGAAUUGACCGAAGAUGUUGAAAAAAGUUUUUUUAAAACAUUGUCAUGUCUUAAGAAAAAUGAUCCCAAGAUUUAUGACGAAUCUGUUCAUUUUUUUAAUUCAUCAACUCGACAAACUACCAAAACAUCUACUGAUGAAAGUAAUAAAGGUUCAAAUCCCAUUUAUUUGGAAGAAUACAAAAGAAAUAUUCUAUUAGAACGUGGACCAGAAUUUGAUGAUACUGUGGAAAUUAAUGGUAAAUUAUGUAUGAAUAUAAAGUGAUUUGUGGUAGCAAUAUUGUCUAGUUGGGGCAUACUGCAUUAGAGAGGACACUUUGAUUUUCUUUGCAAUUCUAUUUAUCAUGCUAUUUACAUUUUUGAAUUCUUUUAUAGUAAACUUACUUUUGGUAACGUAAAUAUAUUUUUAUAAAUUGUAUACUAUUUGUAUUGUACUAUUGUAUACUAAUUGUAAAUUGUAUACUAAUGGUUCCUUACAAUUUUUUUUCUGAUAGUAUAAAAAAAUAACAAAUCCAUAAUCUUAUUUUUGUUUUUAUAAACUUUUUAAUUUCAUGUUUUUAUGAAAAUUUUAAAAACCAUUAAAAUUGCGAAUAGAAAUUAUUUUUUAAUUUUUGUGAAUUAAGUUUGUUUAGCCCCAUAACAAAUUCUCAAUAAUUUAAAACUAGGUUCAUUGUAAGUAGUACUUGAUCUUGGUAGUUGUUAUUAUAACUUUUUAAAAAGUUGGUUUUGUUUUUUUUUCAAUUAAGAUGUUCUUAAAAAAGAAAAAGUUCGCAUGUCGUCACCUUCAUAUGUUGAAGAACAAGAAGCUAUUAAAAAAAGUUUUAAAUUUGCUUUAGAAGAUAAUUCUGAUGAUGAAGAUAUUUUAAAGCCCCGUAGUAAAACUAAAGAAGAACAGGUAAAUUUAAAAAAAAAUUAAAAACCUAUAAAAUAUAAAUGCUUUAUUUAAUACAAGAAUCGUCAAAUAUUACUUAUUAGUUAUUACUUAUCAAAAAAACCAAUAAUUACACCCAUUUUCUUAAUAAAUGUAGGUACAAGAAUUUAAAAAAAAAUUGUUGACGUGUAAAUAAGUAAAGUGACUUUUAGCGACCUCUGUCUUUAUAAUAAUAUAAUAAAUAAUUAAUUAAAAAAAUACAAUAACAUCUAUUAAAUCGCUAAAUUAUGAAAAAUAUUUUGGUUGAGUAAAUAGUAAUUUAUUUAGAAUUAGUUAUUUAGUUUAUUUAUUAAAAUUGUUACAGGAAAAAGAAGAAAAAGAUUAUUUAGAAUGGCUUAAAGGGAAUCGAGAUGAACUUGAAGACAAGGAAACUAAAAAUGAUCUUCAAUAUUUACAUGAUUAUUGGAAUAACCCUAAUUUAGAUGAAGGUGAACAGUUUUUGUGUGAUUAUAUCUUAAAUAAAAGGUAAUUUGAAACAUAUUACUUAGUAGGUACCAGAUACCAUUAGUGGCUUAUGCUCUAUCACAAAUGAUCACUGCUUAAUAUUUAUAUACUUAAUCAUAAAUAAAGUUUAACUACCUAAUAUAAUUUAUUUACCAAUUAGAUUUUUAGAAAAACCAAGUGAAGAAAAUGUAAUAGAAGAUGAAAUGAAAUUCUCUGACGAGGAUGAAAUGCUUGAGAAACAUGAAGAAUUUGAACAUAAAUAUAAUUUUAGAUUUGAAGAACCUGAUAAAGAUUUUGUAAGAAAGUUUUACAAAAAGCUAAAAUUAAAUAUUUUACAUGCUUGCAUUUUAAUUAAAAAGAAAAUUUGUAUUUUUAGAUUAAAACUUAUCCUCGAACAAUGGAAAAUUCUUUAAGACGUAAAGAAGAAAAGCGUAAGAAAAAAAGAGAAGAAUUAAAUGAAAGAAAAAAAAAAGAAUUAGAGAAACGAUCAUUGGAAAUUAAACAACUUAAAAAACUUAAAAAGAAAGAAAUUGUUGACAGAAUUAGAAAACUUGAAGAAUUAACUGGAAAUAAAGGUGUUGGAUUUGAGGUAUGUUUAAUUAUGUAAUGAAGUAUAAUAUGUUGCUUGUUCAAAUAUAUGUAAUUGUGUAUGUUACAUGAAAUAUUGAAGGAUACAGAAUUAGAAGAGGAUUUUAACCCAACAGAGUAUGAUCGUAAAAUGCAAGAAUUGUUUGACGAAGAAUUUUAUGAUAAAACAGAUGAUACAAAGCCAGUGUUUGAUGAAGAAGAAGAUGAAUUCAUUGUUAGUUUUGUUAUUCAUUACAUUUAUUUACUUAUUAAUUUAAACUAUAGACAUGUUUCCUGAAAAAUAAAAAUCUAAUAUAGUUUGUAAUAAUAUUGUAUUUAUAUUUUUUUACUGGAUUAGAUGGACUGUGACUAUGAUCCAAGUUUGGAAAAGAGAGCCAAAAAACAAACUAGAGCUGCAAAACGAAAAGAAAAGAAGAAGUUAAUAAUUGAUGAAGAUGUCGAUGAAACAAAUAAUAAAAAAAUACCAAAAUAUAAUUCAACAAUGGGAUCAUUUGAAAAAUAUAUUGAUGAAUUUUAUAGUUUAGAUUGUGAAGAUGUGGUUAGUGGUGUGCCAACUCGAUACUCUUACAAUAAAGUACUUCCCAAUGAUUAUGGUCUGACAAUUGAAGAGGUAUUGUAUUAAUAAUUAUUUCACAUUAUGUUAUUUAUGUUCGUUGGUAAUUUUACAGAUUUUGUUAGCUGAUGACAAUGAGCUUAACAAAUGGUAUCCAUUAGGAAAAUUGACAAAAAUCCAACCCGAAGCAGUUCAGAAAUUUGAAGCUAAAAUUUACAAGAGAAAGGGCAAAGACAUAGAAUUAAAAAAGAAAAUGUUGCCCAGUCUUUUUAAAGAAGAGUAUGUAUUUUGUAUUUAAUAUUUACAUAUAUAAUUACACCCAAUAUACCCAGUUUAUUUUGUAAUUUAAACUUUUUUUUUUUUUUUUUCACUAAUUUUGCAUUUAUUUAUAAUCAGUAUAUUUUUGUAAUGCAUUUUUAAUAUAUUGAAUUUUUUAGAUUUGAUGAACCAAAUGAAACAAAAGAUGAGAAGAAAGAAAAAAAUACACCAAAAAAUAAGAAAAAGAAAAAGCCCUUAAAAAAUAUUUUUAAAGUAGAAGAUUUAUCUAAUAAUAGUAAUGAUGAACUUCUGCGUGGAAAUGGAAAUGAAAUUACUACAAAUUACGAGACGACACAUAAAACUCAGAAUGAAAAUAAUAUUAAUAAAACUGAUAAGAAAAAUAAAAGUCAAAUAAUAGACCAUACACAGAACAAUAAUAUAUCAGACAAUAAAAAAGUUAAAAAACAAAAAAUUGAUUUCAAUCAAAACAAAAAUAAGAUUGAUAAAAAUGUUAGAAAAGGUAAAAAACGAAAUAUUGACAGUGUUCAGAAUGGAUCAAAUAAAAAACAUAAGUUCUCAAACAAGAAACAUAAACCUAAUAAUAAAGAGGCUAGUGCUUUAGAAUCGAUGACAGAUGACCGCUUAAAAGCAUAUGGAAUUAAUCCAAAAAAAUUUAGAAACAAAUUAAAGUUUGGCAAAAAUUAAUAAACUAUUCUUUUUGUUAUUAUCUAAAUUGUUUUUAUU